AUGACAGAAAUUUUUGGAUAUACUGCUUGCAGACAGUUAUCCCAGAUGUUUUUAGCAAUUUUCGUUUUUCAUGGUUCUGAAUAUGUUUUAGCGGCUGCUAUUCAUGGGCGAUCAAGUGUUAAUCUUAGUUCACUUUUGAUCAGCAAAGCUUAUGUGUUUGCAAUGAUGUUUUCAUUGCUCGAGUAUGUUGUUGAAAUUGCUUUAUUUCCUGGGUUGAAGGAAUAUUGGUGGAUAAGCAAUUUAGGUCUUGUGAUGGUUAUUAUUGGGGAGGUUAUUCGGAAACUAGCAAUUAUAACAGCUGGGCGAGCGUUCACGCAUCUGAUUAAGGUUUAUCAUGAGGAGCACCAUGAUUUGAUUACCCAUGGAGUCUAUAGGUUUGUUCGCCAUCCAUCAUAUACUGGUUUCUUAAUCUGGUCAGUUGGCACUCAGAUAAUGUUAUGUAAUCCCAUAUCGACAAUUGGAUUUGCAAUUGUUGUCUGGCGCUUCUUUGCUCAGCGGAUACCAUAUGAAGAGUUUUUUUUGAGGCAGUUUUUUGGCUUGGAGUACAAGGUCUAUGCUUCGCAAACUCCUUCUGGGGUUCCAUUUGUGAAGUGA